AGUCAGUUGACGGGCUCUCUCCACGGCGCACGCAUGAUCGCUGGAGCGGAUUUGCGGAGCAGCAGCUGAUCGCGCGCUUUCAUUUUCACACGGACUUUCAGUCUUUGUUCGCGAAUCGCCAUUAUCAUUAUCUCGAGUGGAGUGUGUGGUGCGCAUACAGGCGCCCGAUUAUUGGAACUAUCUCUACCGAACUGACGAAGCUGUGAAUAAGGAUCGUCCUCCCUAUCGAUCCGAGAUUAGUGCCAAAAUGCAAACCCAAAUGCACUCGCCCAUGCAAUAUGAGACCCACAUCUCCGACAUGCCCAAACACAAGAGCUACCCCUGCCGCCCAGAAGAGGCUGAGAUGAGCAACACUUCGGAAAGUUGUUCCAUCUCAUGCGGUGGUCGAUUCGGAUCGGCGCACUCGACUCUAGAUGAUCACGAUGCUACGGAUGACGACAUGACCUUCUGCAUGUCCAACUACGCUAAGGAGGCCCUGAAGAUGAUGUACAUGAUGCGUUCGCACGGCAUGCUCACGGACGUGGUGCUGGAGGUGAAGAAGGAGCUCUUUCCUGCCCACAAAGUGGUGCUGUCGGCGGCAUCGCCCUAUUUCAAGGCCAUGUUCACGGGCGGACUCAAGGAGUCGGAGAUGUCGCGCGUCCAGCUCCAAGGGGUGUGUCCCACGGCCAUGUCACGCAUCCUCUACUUCAUGUACACCGGCCAAAUACGUGUGACUGAGGUAACGGUGUGCCAACUCCUGCCCGCGGCCACCAUGUUCCAAGUGCCAAACGUAAUCGAUGCCUGCUGUGCCUUUCUGGAGCGCCAAUUGGAUCCCACGAACGCCAUUGGCAUCGCCCACUUUGCUGAGCAACACGGCUGUGUUGAGCUGCAAAAGAAGGCCAAUGUGUUUAUUGAGCGGAAUUUCACUCAGGUGUGCCAAGAGGAGGAGUUUCUGCAGCUCUCGGCAUAUCAGUUGAUUGCCCUGAUACGAAGGGAUGAACUGAAUGUGCAGGAGGAGCGAGAGGUUUACAACGCUGUGCUAAAGUGGGUGAAAUACGACGAGGACAAUCGACACUGUAAAAUGGAGCACAUUUUGGGCGCUGUCCGUUGCCAGUUCCUUACGCCCAACUUCCUCAAGGAGCAGAUGAAAAACUGCGACGUUCUGCGAAAGGUGCCCGCCUGUCGGGAGUAUUUGGCCAAGAUCUUCAAGGACUUAACGCUGCACAAGUGUCCUGGUGUCAAGGAACGAACCCCCAACACCACUCGGAUGAUAUUUGUCGCCGGUGGCUUUUUCCGUCACUCACUGGACAUUCUGGAGGCCUACAAUGUAGACGACAAGACGUGGACGACACUGCCAAAUCUACGCAUUCCAAGAUCUGGUUUGGGUGCCGCCUUUCUCAAGGGCAAGUUCUAUGCGGUUGGAGGCCGAAAUAACAACAUUGGAUCUUCCUACGAUUCGGAUUGGGUGGAUCGCUAUAGUGCAGUCACCGAAACAUGGCGUCCCUGCGCUCCCAUGUCCGUGCCACGCCAUCGAGUGGGCGUGGCCGUGAUGGACGAGCUGAUGUACGCCGUGGGCGGAUCCGCCGGCAUGGAGUACCACAACACGGUAGAAUACUAUGACCCGGAAUUGGAUCGCUGGACUCUUGUACAGCCGAUGCAUGCCAAGCGCUUGGGUGUGGGUGUUGUGGUGGUCAACCGUCUGCUUUAUGCCAUCGGAGGAUUCGAUGGAAACGAGCGCUUGGCCAGCGUGGAGUGCUACCAUCCGGAGAACAACGAGUGGAGCUUUCUGCCGCCACUACAAACGGGUCGCAGUGGAGCGGGUGUUGCUGCAAUUAACCAGUACAUCUACGUUGUUGGCGGUUUCGAUGGCACCCGUCAACUAGCCACCGUGGAGCGUUAUGAUACCGAAAAUGAUACUUGGGACAUGGUGGCGCCAAUUCAAAUCGCACGCAGUGCUCUCUCGCUGACUCUGCUGGACGAAAAACUGUACGCUAUUGGUGGAUUCGAUGGCAACAACUUCUUGUCCAUAAUCGAGGUUUACGAUCCACGAACGAAUACCUGGACAACGGGAACACCACUGAAAUCGGGUAGAUCGGGACAUGCGUCGGCGGUUAUUUAUCAGCCGGCGUGUUCCACCACGUUUAUGGACUACGAAGAUAGUGACGCCCCACAGCCGGAUGGAAGUAACAACGGGGAAAGGGAUGUACAUACAGCACAAAACUCGUACGGCAGUGGGAGUCCAAAUUAUCCUGGGUCGGCGUGCAACAUGCAGUUUCAUACUUCAAACGGAAUGAGCGGCUGCAACAAUUGUGACUCGGAUAUGGAUAUAAAACCAGAUAUUCCUGCAGAACACCAUAGUUUUCAAAUUCCCGCCAUCAGAUCAGAGGAGCUAGUCAAUCCAAACUGUCCUUGGUCCAGAAUGGAAGAAAGAUUUCGAAGAACUCCACCAGCGUCUUUCUCAGAGGAUGAGAGAAAUGCUAAUGAUAUGCGGCAAAAAUUCUAUAAAGCGCAUAAACAAUGUUUAUUAAGCACAGCAGCGAAAGUUUUCCACAAUCACAUCGAAGGUCGCCUGCGAAAACUCACGAGUGCAGCCACAUGACAAUACGAAUCCGAGCCUCACGCUGAGCCUCAACCAAAGUCUUUAAGAAAACAAAACAAAUAAUUUAAGUAAAAUAAAACAAAAACAUAUUUUACAAAGUUA